AUGGGAUGUGGCAGCUCGAGAUGGAGGCCGUUUUGGUACAAGAUGAAGUUGAUUUGGCUAUCCAUGGUAUUGAAAAAAAUGCCCAAGGAUAUGGAGACGCACAAAUUUUUGGAGAUGGAUAAGAAAGCACAUUCGAGCAUUAUCUUAAAUCUCUCUGAUAAAGAUUUGCGGGAGGUUGCUACGAGGACUUCGGUUAAGGCAAUGUGGGAUAAGCUUGAGGUUUUGUACAUGAAAAAAUCUAUUGAGAAUCGUAUAUACGUAAAACAAAGCCUUUAUAUGCUGCAAAUGGUGGAAGAUGAUAUUGAUGGUGAGAAUUUAGAAAGAACACUAGGAAAAAGAGAUCAACAAGAUUCAGAGAGACGGUCGAGAGGCCGGAUUGAACAACACUACAAAAUAGACAUUUUAAGGGUGAUUCCGGAUGAAUUUAUAAAACAGUUGAAUCAACCACUGGCGAAGGCAGUAUAUCUUCUUGGUCACUACAAUAUGCCAUGGAUUGCGUCUGUGCGAAACAAGGAGGAUAAGUGGUGUUUUGCUGAAGGAUGGAGUAAAUUUGUGGAGGGCAUGAAGAUUGAAGACGGAGACUUUUUGUUGUUUGAAUAUUUUAUUAAAGGGUUUUUUGAUGUGAAAGCAUUCGACUCUUCUGGAAAGGAAAGGGUUAAAGAAAAAGAUUUAUCGGAUAUUACUGAUAAGGACAAUAAGGUUGCUGAUGGAUGUGACAAUAAUAAAAAUGUAAGAAAUUUGAACAACUAUGAUGAAGACGAGGCAGAAAGAGUUCCUGAGCAAGUCAUAAGGGAUAAUAAUGUUCAAGUGAACGGAGAAGGUCAUGAAAUCAAUGAAGGGGACGAGGAGCAUGUACCUGAAGAUAGUAUUCUAAUGAUUGAAGAUGCUAAUGAAGUCAAUGAAGUAGGCAAUGAAUAUUUGUACAAUGGAUUUGUUCAGGCUACCAAAGAAGUUCAUGAAGUCGUUGAAGGAGCCGAUGAAUAUGUGUCCAUCGAUAAUGUUGAAGUGAUCAAUGAAUCUGUGCCCAUCAAUAGUGUUGAAAUGACUGAAGAAAUUCAUGAAGCAAAUGAAGAUAAUCAUGUUCAAAACAAUCAAGAAGUUGAGCUGAUAAACAUCAAUGGUAUCGGCGGAGAGAAUUUAGAAAUAAAUCUAGCAGCAAGAGAUCAAGAAGAUUCAGAAAGACGGUCGAGAGACCGGCUUGUACAGCGCAACGGAAUAGACAUUUUCAGGGCCGGUCUAGCUCCACAACCUCGUAACCCUUACUUUGUCACUGGAGUAAUGGAUAGACGACAGGGUAAUUUGUUUGUUCCCAAAAAUGUUGUGAAAGAUAAUGUUAUAGAUUUUUCGAAAAAAGCUCAUUUCAUAGAUCCCACCGGAAGGAGAUUCAUGGCAAGAUGUAAACAAUGGAAGGAUGGAAGGAUCGUAAUAUCCGGUGGAUGGAGAAAAGUAUGCACCUUCAACUAUAUCAAGAAAGAUGAUAAAUGCAUUUGCGAGCUGGUUGAGGGAGAUGACGAACUUGCCAUCCAUGUUACUGUUGUUCGUGGCAAUGACAUUCAAGGCUAA